UUGAAGACGUGAUAUUUUCAAUCGCUUUCCAAAAUCAUUCACUUUAAAGUAUAUGACGUUUAAAAAUGCAUUUGAAUAUACAGUAAUAAUACUUUCUGUGGCUAGCUUGCUUUAUUCCUCUCGGUUUUUCGUAAAAUACACGAAUAUUGCGAUAUAAAGAACAUACUCAGAGUGUCGCUAUUCACCAACAGUGCAGAGUAAUGCGUCUCCCCUCCUACAUUUAAUAUAUGCAACAGCAGCUCUAUCUGUUAUGAAAGCAGCACAAAAUGGAGUAGUCGUCCGUCGACGAUAGGAAUUUCUUUUUUACAGUAGCCUAAGCGUUAAGAGUACACGUUGGAUAAAUAAACUUAUCAACAUUAACACUCCAAAUAUGGAAAACGGAUUCUCAGUUCCUUUUUGUGCAUCUUUAGUUCUCCUUGUGUUUCCUACGAACAUAUUUUGUGCAGAUCUGAACUACAAUGUUCCAGAAGAAAUGAAGCGCCAAUAUGUGAUCGGAAAUGUGGCCAAAGAUCUCGGGAUUAAUGUAAAACAACUGUCCGAUCGAAAGGCUCGAAUAGACACCGAGGAUAACAGCAAACGGUAUUGUGAUAUUAAUCUAAAUUCUGGCAAUUUAAUCGUGGCAGAGACAAUAGACCGGGAGGAGCUUUGCGGUUCACGAUUUUCCUGCAUUCUCAGUUAUGAGCUUGUACUAGAAAAUCCUCUUGAAGUGCAUCGCAUUUUACUACAAAUUCAGGAUAUAAAUGACAACGCACCUCGUUUUCCAAAUGAGCGCAUUAACUUUGAAAUCACAGAAUCAGCAGUUAAGGGUCAGCGAUUCCGUUUGCUUGAGGCACAUGACUCCGACACUGGACAUAAUGCAGUGAAGAGCUACUCACUACAGAAAAAUGAACAUUUUGCUUUAAGUGUACGUGAGACUGCAGAUGGAGGAAAAUAUGCUGAGCUUGUACUGGAAAAGGAACUGGAUCGUGAACAACAGAAGGAUAUUGACAUGAUACUCAUAGCAACUGAUGGUGGUACACCACAGAGAUCUGGUACUGCUGUCAUACACAUUACUGUUCUAGAUGCAAAUGAUAAUGUGCCAGUAUUCAGUCAGUCUGUUUAUAAGGUUACUCUGCCUGAAAAUACACCACCGGGUACAUCAGUAAUCACAGUGAGUGCGACAGAUGCCGAUGAAGGUCCAAACGGUGAAGUAUNUGUAAACAAAUGA